CACUUGUUCGCGCACAUCCCCCAGCCACGGCAAUUUCUGGUUUCUAUAGGAACAAGCCUUCCGCCACCACGCAGCUGGCCAGGCAACUUUCACCUCUUACCUUAUCCGUAUUCUUCACCUUUUCGACAUUCCACCGGGAGAAUAGAGUGUGCAUUACCCAUUCUCCGACUACAGAGUGGACUGCAGAGAAGCAUUCCAUCUACAUUCCAGUCUCACCUCCAUCAUCGCUGGUUUUGCCAGCAAUUGUCAACCACUACCCGGAUACCAUACCGAAAAAGCCUUUAUCACGUAUCUCGACUUCAACUGAAGUCCACCUUGCCAAUCAUGGCUCCGGCCGUCGUCAACGGCCUGGCGCACCAAGCCCGCUCCUUCAUCGCGGGCAGACGACUCUCAAGCCUCCCCGACACAGCGGACAUCACGGCCCGAUCAAUCGACGCGGGCUCCGUCGGGCCCCUCGCCGCUCGCUCCCUCCUCCUCGCCCGCGAUAGCACGGGAUACAAGGAGGACCCCCACGUCGGCGUCACCGACCCGGGCAACAUUAACAACACGGCCAUCUUUGUGCUGUUCGGCCUCAUCGGCGCUGCCUUUGUCAUCACUGGUAUCUGGUUCUUCUUCUGGGCCCGCAACGGAGGCUUCUACUUCAAGGAAAACGACUGGGACGACUACAAGACGACGGUGCUGCGCCGCAGGGGUCCCAACGGCACUCUUCUGUCCGGCGCCACCAAGUCGACCAAGCUCGGAGGCGGUAGCGUCUACAAGGACUACGACGACAACCAGACGAGCAUCUCGGGAACUACUUUGUCCGGCAUCACGGCGGGACCCAGCGACAUCGGCGCCCGCGAGAAGCGCGAGCGCAAGAAGGAGAAGAGACGCAGGGAGAAAGAGGCCGCGCGCCACAAGGAGAAGCCCUCGUCCCAGAACUACGACGAGGCCGGCGUGCUCAUUGACGAAGAGGCCGAACGCGAGGCCAAGAAGCAUCUCCGCUCAUACCGCCACGAGAAGCCCGCCCGCGUCGGCGGCCUGAACAAGGAAUCCGAGGCGUCCGAGUGGGACGGCUCGACGAACCCGACCGAAUCCAACGUCUCUACCAGCUUAUUGUCCGGACAGCAGACCACGCCGACAUCUACGCCCCACAAGAAGAGCGGCGGCCACGGUGGUAUUCGCAAGGUGUACAGCACGGCGGACCGUAACGAGGAGCGCGAGCGCCAGCGCAUCCGCGCCGAGGCCAAGAAGCUGCAGGAGCGGGGCCGUGCUGCGGGUAGCUCGAGGCGCGACUUCAGCUUCCAGCGGGCGAGCACGGUCGCCGAGGACCAGAACACGCGAGGCUACGCGCUCCCGCCGCCGAGGGAGGAGCCCGAGCCGAGUAUGCCUGGCAGCUGGGCCGAGAGCGAUAUCACGAGCGCGCUGGAGAGCGAUGUGGGCAACAAGUCGUAUCACCACGUCAUUCCUGGUUUGAGUAGCCAGAGCGCCGUGAGCAGCGAUUAUGCGGAUGAGAGGCGCAAGAGGAGAAAGGAGCGUCGUCACCGUGAUCACUGAGUUGUGAUAGUCAUGUCAUGGUCAUGGUUAUGGCCAUAUUCACAGUCACGGUUGAUGGGAUAUGGAAGAUGAAGAGCAAGUUUUCAGAAAUGAGGCACGAUGAGUCUUGAAGUCUCUCUCCUCUAAGACUACAUGGACGAUGGACAAUGGAAUAUGGGAUUAUGGAGAAAACAGACACAGACACGAAAUGAGUUUAGUUGCGAUUGGCGAGCAUAUGUUGAGAAACUCGGGCGUUUGGGGAUUGCUUUGUGGUAAUUUCUGGUAUCGGGGACUUUGUGCCCUGCGGGAUGGAUGUGUAGAGUAGCAACGCGAGCAACGCGAUCAUGUAGAUUGACGAUGGGAUCGAAGCAAUGAAAUGAGGAUUCAUCAAUGGUGUUUUGCAAUAGUGAUUUUGGUUACUAAGAGGAUGUGAUUAUUGAGGGGUGAGAUGAUGCAAAG